AUGGCCCACCGAGGCGCGGCUGCGCUGUUGGCGCCGUUCGCCAUGUUGCGAGCUGCCCCGUCCCCAGCGCGCCAAGCCGUAGGCACGUUCUCGAUGUCGUUGCUACGUCCCCAUGCUCCGACCAACGCUUUCGGCACACAUAGCCGUAUCCUCUCGCACCCCGCGCUCUGCGGUAUGCGCGGCUUUGCGUCCGCUUCCUUGAGUCGACCUGUCGUCGGCGCAACCCCUCCUACUGCCGCCUUGAGACGACCCGUUGUUGGUACAAUUGCCUUGCGAUGGCGGCCUUCCGAGGUCCAGGUCCGCUUGGAAUCGACCCAGUCCAAGAGGGAUGAGGCUUCUUCCAAGGUGCCGUCAAUCCCUCCUCCUCCACCCAAGGGCGAUGCCUCGCAGGCGUCCAUCAAAGAGUUGUUAUCCCUCGCAAAACCACAGUGGAGACUCUUGACGGUCGGAAUCAUCUGUCUUGCCAUCUCUACGAGCGUCGCCCUCGCAGUCCCUUACAUUAUCGGCCGCAUCAUCGACUUCUUUGCUCCCGGGUCUGAGCAGCAGCUCCUCUUUGGUCUCCCGCUGGACCAGGCAGCCAUUGCUCUCGCCGCUCUGCUCCUUUUUGGCGCUGUUGCCAACUCGGCUCGCUCCAUCGCACUCCGCCUUGCCGGUCAGCGCACCGUCGCGCAGAUCAGGAAUAAGACCUACCGCCAGUACCUCGCCCUCCCCCCCUCGCACAUCGAGUCGGCAGGUGUCGGUGACGCUCUGUCCCGUCUUGGUCAGGACUCCUCAAUCGUCGGCCAGAGUCUGAGUGAGAACCUCGGCGAAGGCCUCAAGGCGAUCCUGGCUUCGGGUGUGGGUGUAGGUGCCAUGUACCUCAUCUCGCCCAAGCUCUGUGUCGUUAUGAUGUGUCUCUUCCCGCCCAUCUCGAUUGCCUCCUUCUACUAUGGUCGAUACAUUCGCACGCUCUCCCUCAACACGCAAGAAGCUCUUGGAAACAUGAGCAAGCUCGCCGAAGAGCGACUGUCUGCUCACCGUACGGUCACGGCUUCCAACACCCAGCCUGCUGAGCGUGCGCUGUUCGCUGGCCGUGUUCAGAGUGUCUUUGACCUCCAACGCAAGGAGACGUUCGCCAACGGUAUCUUCCAGGGCACCAACGAGGUCGCCGGCGACCUGGCCAUGAUCGGCCUUCUCAUCUACGGCGGUCUUCUUGUCCAGCGCGGCGAGAUUACUGUCGGUGACAUGACCACCUCGCUCAUUUACGUCAACUGGAUUGAAUGGUCUCUUAACACUCUUGCCGGCUUCUUUACUGGUCUCAUGCGUGGUGUCGGUGCUUCCCAGCGCAUCAUUUCCCUCCAUGCUCUCGACUCUCCCGUGCCCCUGUCCAUUGGCGCACCUGUCACCAAGUCUGACGUUGGCGCCAUUGAGCUCCGUGAAGUCGCGUUUGCGUACCCUUCGCGUCCCGACGUCAAGGUUCUUGACGGUGUCAACCUCCGUAUCGAUCAGGGUGAACAGGUCGCCCUUGUUGGUGGCAGUGGUUCGGGCAAGUCUUCGGUCCAGCUUCUUCUUCUCCGCUUCUACGACCCUACUAGCGGUGCCGUGCGCUUCGGCUCCAAGGACAUCCGCGACUUCCAGCCCGAGUCGUGGCGUGGCCGCAUCGGUUACGUCCCGCAGGACCCCAUUCUCUUUGGCGGUUCCAUUGAGGCCAACAUCAAGUAUGGCCAUGCCGAGGCUUCGCGCGCCGACGUUGAGCGUGCCGCUCAAAUCGCUCACUGCGACUUCAUCGAGCGUCUCCCCGAGGGAUAUGACACGAUCAUCACCAAGGCCAGUUUGUCAGGUGGCCAGCGUCAGCGUAUCGCCAUUGCGCGUGCGCUUGUUGGUCGCCCCUCGGUCCUUCUCAUGGACGAGGCAACCAGUGCCCUCGACUCGGAGUCUGAGCGUGCCGUCAACGCUGCUCUCGAAAACCUUUUCCAGGACUCGAACAUUACUGUUAUUCUUGUCGCCCACCGUCUCUCGUCCAUUGCCGCCGCCAAGCGUGUCGUGUACCUCGAGGGCGGUCGCAUCAUGGAGGACGGCUCGUACGACGAUCUCAUCUCGCGUCCCCACGGCCGCUUCCGCAAGAUGGUCCAGGGUCAGAUGGCCAAGAUUGGAGAGGCUGCGCAGGAGGAAGUCGUUGAGGAGGCCGAAGUGGUUGUCGCCGCUGAGACCACUGGCCCGGCAAUCACUGUCAACGAGCCUAUUGCGGCUUCGCCCUUUGCCUCCAGUGGCCAGCGCCGUGGUAUCCACACACAGCGCCGCUUCUUCUCGGCCAACCAGGCUGCCAAUGAGCCCGCCGUGCCCGAGCCUCCCAAGGAGUUUUCCACUGUCUGGCAGGCCGCUACUGCCCCGGCAACGCCCCUCACAGACCUCGGCCUCCCUGUUCCUCCCGCACCAGCUGCUCCGCUUUCUGCCUACAAGCCUGUGCAGCCUCUCAACCCCCGUCGCCUCGUCUCCAUCUACUCGGCAUUGUCAAAGCGUAACCUCUCGGUACUCAUGACUCUCACGGCCACCACUGGCUUUGCCCUUUCGCCCCUCCCUCUUUCGAUGCCGGUCCUUCUUUGUCUUACCGUCGGCACCUUCCUCACCUCGGCCGCCGCCAACACGUUCAACCAGAUCCUCGAGGUUCCCCUCGACGCGCAGACUCCCCGUACGCGUGUUCGCCCUCUGGUGGCUCGUCGCGUGACUCCCUUCCAUGCCGCCAUGUUCGGCACUGUCUCGACCGUGGUCGGCGGUACCAUCCUCUGGUUUGGCUGCAACCCCACCACUGCCCUUCUUGGUAUUGGCAACCUGCUGCUGUACUCGGGUGUGUACACGCCCAUGAAGCGCAUCAGCGUGUCCAACACUUGGAUCGGCGCUGUCGUCGGCGCCAUCACCCCGCUGAUGGGCUGGACUGCCACUGGCGGCUCGCUCUGGCCGACUGUCGAGCAGCCGCUCCAGUUCCACCUGCCGCUUGAGCAGCUCAGCACUCUGCCCAACCCGCUCACGGCCUGGACGCUUGGUGCGCUCCUCUUCUCGUGGCAGUUCCCGCACUUCAACGCGCUGUCGCACAUGAUCCGCCCCUUUUACGCACUGUCGGGCUACCCCAUGCUUUCGGUUUUGUCGCCCAAGCUGAAUGCGCUCGUAUCAUUGCGACACGCGCUCAUUCUCGUGCCCAUUUGCGCAAUCAUGGCCCCGCUCUCGGGCUGUGUCGACUGGUCGUUUGCUCUCACGUCCGCAGUCCCGAACGCCUUCUUUGUCAAGGAGGCGUACGCAUUUUGGAAGCGGACAAACGAGUUCAACGCCAAGCGCGUCUUCUUCGUCUCGCUCUGGUACCUCCCUGUUGUGCUGGGCCUGAUGCUCAUGCACAAGAACCUGGGGUCCUGGCUGUCCGAGGAGCUCGCAUGGGAGCAGAGCGAUGAGGAUGCCAUCGACCUGCCAUAUCGACCUCAGCAGGGCGCGUCCGCGUCAAGAGCGGCGCACAAGUUGCCCAAACCAGUAGAGAUUGAAGACUACUUUCAAAUCCGCGAGAGCGAUUUCGCUACCACGUCCGAGCCCGCCGACGUCGAGAUCGACGAUGCCAGCAGUGGCAUCGACCCCCAGCAGGCCGAUGUGGGCUUUGAAGCUCCUAUGCCUGACAUUGUUCCCCCCGUGCCGACGUACGAGGCGACUGUGGACUCUAAAAAGCCCAAACGGCGAAGAAGGAAGACGGUGCACUCGACGGAUCUUCCUGUUCUCCCCGCUGGUGUUCAGCCGCCAGACGGACACACGCGCUUUGACUGGCGCGCAUCGUCCCUAUCGCGUCGACCACAUGCAAAGGGAAACUACUGGUUCCCCAACGCGGCCAAGACGCGUAUCGGCGCGCCCAUCACCAAGCUCACGGAGAUUGACCCAUUUUUCCCCGAGCUGAGACGGUAUUCCGAGCACUUUAUUCCCCUUCUUGAGGCUGAACAGAGCGAAGCGGAGCGCCAGUUCAAUGUGCGGUUGAAAGAGUGGCCAGAGGACAAGCUCCGUCGUGAGGGAUUCAUGAUUGACGAUCUCGCGGCGAGCACUGCCUGGCAGCCAAAGUUCAAGGUCGAAGGCGUGGUCGUCACGUUCACCAAGACCGGCGCAGAGGCAACGCGUCCCCUCCCGCCCCACCAGUUUGAGCCUGGGUCAACGGUGAUUCUCAGCCGGACAGACCCACUCAAGGACCCGUGGAUUGAGGACGACACCGUGGUCAAGGGCUACGUUUUCUCGCAUGGCCGAGGCAACGUUCGUGUCAUCUUCCCUCCGUUCCCCGCAGAAAUGGAACUGGGGCUGUGGCGUCUCGAUAUCGGCUGCAGCGACUUUGCGUUCCGUCGACAACUCGAGGCCCUCACGCGCCUGAACCUUGACCCCGUCCAGCAAGACAUGGCCUUUUACGCCAACCGCAAACCCUCUAAGAGGCAGAGCGUCGAGGAUGAGGUGCUCAACGCGGUCCGGAAACAGAACGAGGAACAGGUUGUCUUGACGGGUACUGCACUGCGAGACCUUCUCCUCCGCCGCUUCCAGGUCGACUACGAGACACCGUCCGCCGGUCCCGGCGACAUACUGGACCCGGAUGGCCUGGCACAAGAGGUGCUCGACAUGAAGCCGGAAGAUGUAGAUGCGACCGUCUCGCCGACAGUCUACGAACCUGGUGUCCCCGGUGUCCUCAUGCGCAAUCAGCUUAUCAAGAGCUGGACAACGAGGUACCUCACGCCGGAAGGCAAGGAGCCACUGGUGGUUGGGGGUGAUCCGGUCGUGCCUCUCAACCCGAGCCAGACCCGUGCGAUUGCCAUGAUGCUCAGCGAGAGGCUCAGUCUUGUGCAAGGGCCUCCCGGUACCGGCAAGACGCGUGUUAUUGUCGAGGCAAUCAAACUACUCAAGGUGCCUCAGCCCAUUCUGGUGACAGCGCACACCAACGUCGCGGUCGAUCACCUCCUCGACGGUCUGCGCGAGCACGGUCUCAAGGCUGUCCGCUUUGGAUCCUCCCAGCGCGUGCCCGACGAACUGCAGCACUUGACCUUUGAGGAGAGGCUUGAGGAGCACCCCUUGUGGCUUGAGAUGGAGUCCAUCAAGGGUCGCAGGGAGAUGCUUCAGAACGAAAUGUCCAACAACGCCAAGAUGUCCAAGAUGAUGCGUGACUCGAAGAAGCAAGAGGUUAACCGUCUCAACGGUCGUAUCUUUGGUCUCCGCAGUCGGAUCCGCUUCGAGGUGCUCGCCAAUGCCGAUGUUAUCUGUACGACAUGCUUGUCUGCUACUUCGCGUAUCCUGGACGCCAUCGACUUUCCCAUGGUGUUCCUUGACGAGGCGAGCAUGGCCACUGAACCCCUCACGCUUGUGCCCCUCACCAAGGGGUCGGCACAGGUUGCGAUCAUUGGCGACCACAAGCAGCUGCCGCCAGUCAUUGUGAGCGAGGAGGGUCAGUCUGGCGGUCUGGCAACCAGCAUGUUUGAGCGUCUUAUUCAUGAGAAGCACAUUCCAUCAAUCAUGCUCGACACGCAGUACCGAAUGCACCCGUCCAUCUCGUCUUUCUCCAGCAACUCGUUCUACAACGCCACGCUCAAGGACGGCACUGUCCUGGCCGACGGCUCCAUUCGGCCCGGCCUCGAGCCACCAGUCACCGACUUUUUGAUGGACGACGCAAACGGGGACCGUAUGAACGUGACAUUUUUGAACCACGAUUUCCCCGAGUCUCCCCUCAACAUGAGCAUUGCCAACCACCACGAGGCCGGCCGCGUGUGUGACAUCAUCGGCGACCUGCUCAGUAACAAUCCCGACCUCAAGGGCAAGGACAUUGGCGUGAUUGCGCCAUACGUAGCCCAGAUCCGCACCAUCUCGGACAUGCUCGCGCUUGACCCAGAACGCGCCGCCGCGUACGAGGCCUGGCUCGGCGAGGAGCGUGCACGGGAAGUGGCCGAUAUCGAAGUCAAGACCGUGGACGGCUUUGAGGGCCGCGAGAAGAGCGUCAUCAUCUUCAGCACUGUGCGCUCCAAUGCCGCGGGGUACAUUGGGUUCCUGGCCGACUGGCGUCGUCUGAAUGUGGGCCUCACGCGCGCGCGCCGUGCCCUCAUCAUGAUUGGAAGUGCACGCACCCUCCGGCAAGCGCGGGUUGGGCGGCACGCGUCCGAGACGCUGCCGAGGGACGGCGCAAAGGUGUGGCAUCGGUUCAUGAAGCAUCUCGAGGACGGAGGCAUGGUCAUGGACGACAUGGCGUAA